CGCAGUGUGAAGGAAAGGAAGCAAAACACAACAGGCGUUUUGAUGAUACCUGCAGUGAUAGAUAGCUAUGAUAGUCAUAUACAGCGGUCCCUCAAGUUGCAAUAUUAAUUGGUUCCAGGACGACCAUUGUAUGUUGAAACCAUCGUAUGUUGAGACCAUAACUAUGGAAACCUGGUAAUUGGUUCUGAAGCCACCAAAAUGUCAUCCAAAAAUAGGAAAAAACAGGAGUAGAAGCACAAAACCCUGACAAGCAAUGGUUAUUCUCAGAAAGCCAUGUGGCACCAGAAUUCACAACAAACCAGUUCUCAAAUCAGCCUUCCAAUGGCCAAUGGGGCUUCAUAUCAGCAGGGGGAACAUGUCUGGUUGGAAAACCCAUCUGACAGUCGAGUACCCAUUGGUGCCGUGGUUAAAGAUACACAUAAUGGACAGACCUUGCUUGAAGAUGAUGAUGGCACGGAACAGUGGAUAUCUGCUCGGAACAUGAACAGCAUACAUUCUAUGCACCCUAGCUCAGCACAGGGAGUAGAAGAUAUGAUCAGACUUGGAGAGCUUAAUGAAGCUGGAAUUGUUCACAAUUUGCAUAUCCGAUACAAAGAAAAUAACAUUUAUACAUACACUGGAGCCAUUUUAGUUGCUUUGAAUCCUUAUGAAGAGCUGCCUCUUUACCACAAUGAACAGAUCCAUUUGUACAGAAACCGACGCAUUGGAGAACUUCCACCACAUAUUUUUGCCUUGGCAGAUGCCUGUUACUUCAGCAUGCAGAGGAACAAAUCAGACCAGUGCUGUGUUAUUAGUGGAGAGUCGGGCGCUGGAAAGACGGAGAGUACUAAAUUAAUGUUACAGUUCCUGGCAUCUUCAAGUGGCCAACAUUCCUGGAUAGAGCAGCAAAUUCUAGAGGCCAAUCCUAUCAUGGAAGCUUUUGGAAAUGCUAAGACCAUCCGGAAUGACAAUUCUAGCCGCUUUGGAAAAUACAUAGAAAUCCACUUCUCCAAAGAAAAUGUCAUAGAGGGAGCUCGUAUAGAGCAGUUCCUUUUGGAGAAAUCGCGAGUUUGCAGGCAGGCCGCAGGGGAGAGAAACUAUCACAUAUUUUACUGCAUGCUGCUCGGGAUGAGUUCAGAAGAAAAGAAGCAACUAAACCUGGGAAAAUCUUCAGAUUACAAGUACCUCACCAUGGGUAACUGCACAACCUGUGAGGGGCACAGUGAUGCAAGAGACUACACACAAGUUCGUUCUGCCAUGAAGAUUCUUCUUUUUUCAGAACAAGAUCUAUCAGACAUUAAUAGACUGCUGGCUGCUAUGCUGCACCUUGGCAAUCUUGACUUCCAAGGUGCAAUGUUUGGAAAUAUUGAUGGUUGUGAUGUUCCCGAGUCCAUCCAUCUGUCCUCUGUAUCUACUUUGCUUGAGGUGAACUUGAUGGAGCUUAAAAGUUGCCUUACCAGACACACCCUAAUAGCUCGAGGAGACAGUGUUUCCAAACCUCUGAGUUGCUCACAAGCUUCAGAUGGCAGAGAUGCUUUCACUAAGGGUAUUUAUGGACGAUUGUUCAUGUGGAUAGUAAAUAAAAUCAAUGAAGCUAUUUUCACACCAGCAUCUAAAGAACUUAGGACUGAGCAAAGAACUAUUGGAUUAUUAGAUAUCUUUGGCUUUGAACAUUUUAACACAAAUAGCUUUGAGCAACUUUGCAUUAAUUUUGCAAAUGAGCAUCUUCAGCAGUUUUUUGUGCGUCAUAUAUUUAAACUUGAGCAAGAGGAAUACAAUACAGAGCAGAUACCCUGGAAGCAUAUUGAUUUUACCGAUAACCAGCGUGCAUUGGAUAUAAUUGCACUCCGACCCAUGAACAUCAUCUCCCUCAUAGAUGAGGAAAGUAAAUUUCCACAGGGAACUGAUGCUACAAUGUUAACCAAAUUGAAUAACAUUCAUGGCAAAAGUAAUAUUUACAUCGCAUCGAAAAGUGUACAUGACACAAAAUUUGGAAUAAACCAUUUUGCAGGAAUAGUGUACUAUGAAACUGAAGGAUUCUUGGACAAGAAUCGUGAUUUACUAAGCACAGAUCUCAUCCUGUUGAUGCAUUCCUCUACCAGUAAAUUUCUAAAGCAAAUUUUCCAGGUGGAAAAAAAUUCCAAUAGUGCUUCAAUUCGGGGAAUCAUCCGAAAUGCGGGCCUUAACCACCAGAAGAUCACAGAUACAAAUAAGGCCUUACCCACUCUUGGAGGACAAUUCAAACAGUCCCUGGAGCAGCUGAUGAAAAUUUUGGCCAGUUGUCAACCCUAUUUUGUUCGCUGCAUCAAACCGAAUGAGCUUAAGAAGCCUUUGUUGUUUGAUCGAGAAUUGUGUAUUCGACAAUUGAGAUACUCUGGAAUGAUGGAGACUAUACGAAUUCGAAAGGCAGGAUAUCCCAUACGUUACACUUUCGCUGAUUUCUUUCACCGAUUUAGAGUGUUACUGCCAUUAAAUUCCUCUGCUCGCAAUAAGUGGGACCAUCUUGCUUGUUCCAUUGACAUUGUUGGGGCAGUCAUUGGAAAAGAUAGCGACUGGAAGGUAGGAAAGACAAAGCUUUUCUUAAAGGAUCAUCAUGAUACAAAACUGGAGGUGGAACGUGAAAAGGCACUCAUAUCCAAAGCUGUUCUCAUACAAAGGGUUUUAAGGGGAUUUAAAGACAGGAAACGCUUUCUCAGACAGAAAGAGGCUGCUGUGAAGAUCCAAGCUGUGUGGAAAGGAUACCACGAUAGGAAAUCCUACCUUAAGAUGCAACAUGGUUUCCAAAGGCUGCAGGCAGUAAUAAGAAGCAGGCAUAUACGUCUUCAGUAUCAGAAAUCUCAAGCAAUAAUUACAAAAUUAGAGGCCAGGUGUAGAGGUUAUCUACUAAGACAGAGGCUUGCAAGGGAAAAAAAUGCUAUUCUUGUUCUUCAGACAUACACUAGGGGUAUGCUGGCUCGUAAUAUGUACAGGAGGAUGACAAACAGCCAGCAAGAAUUGGCAAUGGAAAAGAAAAAGAAGAUAGUGCAAAAGGAGCUUCUACUACAGCAAGAGAAGGAAAACCUAGAAAUAGUCGAGCAAGUGUUUGGAUUUUUACCUCUCAUGGAUCUAGAUUCACAGUCUUUAGAUGAAAUAGACCUGGACUCGGUCCCUCUUGAGCCGGAAAAAGUGGCGGAUCAUCUGGCUGAAUUCACUUUUCCGAAGUUUGCUGCUACGUACUUUCAGGGCUCUGCAACAGACAACCACAUACGGAAGACGUUACAUCAGCCACUGUUAUAUCACGAAGACCAUGGUGAUGUUCUAGCAUCAUUAGCAGUAUGGAAGAUUAUACUGCGAUUUAUGGGUGAUCUUCCUGAACCAGUAUUAUACACUCCCAGAUCUAGCAGCCAGACUAGUUCUGUUAUUACUCAAAUUUAUGACACAUUAACCAGAAAGAACAAUAUACAGGCUGGGAUGAAGAGCAACUUGCAAGAAUCACCAAGAAUAAAUCGAAGGGCGAAAUUCUCAAAAGAAAUUUCCUCUAUGAAAAUGAAGAGGUCAUCAAAAUUGGCUGGGCAGGUUUCAAGUCAAUUGAGCAAUGCGUCAAACAUUCCAGAGGAGGAGAGCCCACUUAUUGAUAAACCCAUGUCAAUGUUAGAAAAAGUACAUUUUAUUGUUGGAAAUGGAAUCCUGAGGCCUGAAAUUAGGGAUGAAAUUUACUGUCAAAUCUGCAAGCAACUCUCUGGGAACAAUAACAGGAAUAGUUAUGCCCGUGGCUGGAUCCUACUUUCACUCUGUCUGGGCUGCUUUACACCUACAGAAAAGUUCACCAAGUACCUGCAAAAUUUUAUCCGUGGGCAGCAAAUAGCACACAGCUCUGUGUGUAUGAAACAGCUGGUUCGAACUAUUGCUAAUGGCCCACGGUCAGAGCCUCCCAGCUGGUUAGAGCUGCAGGCAUUAAAAGGUUCAGCAUCCCUAGAAGUGCCUGUCAAGGUCAUGACCGGUGAGAUUGUGGUCAUCCAAGCAGAUUCUGCCACCUCUGCAAAGGAGAUAUGCAGGAAAACUGCCCAGAAACUUAAGAUGAAGGAUAUAUUUGGGUUUUCUGUUUACAUCUCAAUAUAUGAUAAGGUGUGGUCAUUGGGCAGUGGAUCAGAACACCUUAUGGAUGGUAUUUCUCAGUGUGAGCAGUUGGCCAGGGAAAGAGGAGACCAAGAGAAGCAUGCUCCUUGGCGUCUCUUCUUCCGUAAGGAAGUCUUCACACCAUGGCAUAACUCUUCAGAUGACCCUAUGAGCACUGACCUUAUUUACAACCAGGUGAUACGCGGCCUAUGCUUUGGAGAGUAUCGCUGUGAGAAGGAGGAUGAUUUUGUGGAGCUUAUGUCCAAACACUACUAUAUUAAGUAUGGUGAGGUCUUAAAAGAUGAACACAUACAAAAUGUCUUAAAAGAUUGUAUUCCUGCAAAACAAUUAGCCACUAAGCCCAUCACCUACUGGGCAAACUUACUGAAGGAAAGUCAAGCUAAGGCUCAGUAUAUAUUAGAGAAGACUCCUGCAUUACAAGUAAAGGAAACCAUAGUAGAUUACUCCCGCCAGCAGUGGCCUUUAUUAUUUUCAAAGUUCUUUGAAGCCUCUAGAUUUGCAGGACCCAGUAUCAGCAGAAACCACUUCAUUGUUGCCAUAAACUGGAAAGGAGUGAGUUUCCUGGACGAGGCUGAGAAAAAGUUGUUGGACCUUACUUUUCCAGAGUUAACUAGUAUCCUCACAAAAAGGGCUGAAAAAUCAUUUGGCCAGUGCUGUGUUCUACAUACACUGAGAGGAGACCAAUUUGUUCUAACUUCACAGAACAGUGAGGAAAUUGCAAAGCUGCUUCUCUACUUCUUAGAUGGCCUGAAGGCGAGAUCUUUGUAUGCAGUAGCUCUGCAAGACAGCUCCAGGUCAUUGACAGACACAUUGGGAUCAAUUAAAAAAACAAUAACAGAUGAGCCGGACCUGUUAAGCUUUCGGAAUGGGGAUCUGCUUCUUCUUAAUAGAAGUCCAGAACUUCAGAAUGGGCCAAAUUGGACCUAUGCGCAAAACGAAAGAACUGGAAACAGUGGUGCAGUACCUUUGGACGCCAUCUAUGUUGUACCAACCCUCACCAAACCUAGCUCCGAAAUACUGAGAAUGAUUGCAAUGUCUCCAGAACAGCGGAAAUCAGAAUUAAUUGGUUCUUCAUUUGAUGAUUUUGGCCAACAAGAAGUAGUUAAGCCAUAUACAUUAGAAGAAUAUUCCAUGCAGUAUUUCAGACCUCCAGAACCUGAGAGUGUAUCAAAGGCCUUUCUACAAAGAACUCGUGGUAAGUCACAGCUCUGGGCUUACUCGAGAGAACCAUUAAGACAGCCCCUGCUGCGAAAGGUUUGUGAGGUGGCUGAUCUGCGUGAUUACGCAUGCCAGGCUUUCAUUGCUAUUAUGAAAUACAUGGGAGACUAUCCAUCAAAGCAGUCUCGCUCCCCAGUAGAACUAACAGAUCAGAUAUUCUCUGGCCCGGUACGAGAGGAAUCCCUUAGAGAUGAAAUUUACUGCCAAAUCCUGAAGCAAAUGACUGCAAAUAGCAACAGUUAUAGUUUAAGCAGUGGAUGGCAGCUUCUUUGGCUAUGCUCUGGGCUUUUUCCACCAAGUAAAAAUUUGCUUGUUCACGUUCAGAAAUUUAUUGAAAAUCGUCAAAGGGAACCACUAUCGAAGGAAUGUAAACGAAGGCUCCAAAGAGUACUACAAACUGGCCCAAGAAAACAGCCUCCUCACCUGGUAGAAGUUGAGGCCAUCCAACAAAUGAGCACCAAGAUCUACCAUAAAGUGUUCUUUCCAAAUGAAACAGAAGAGGCCUUUGAAGUUGGCACAAACACUAAGGUGAGAGAGGUGUGCCAGGAUAUCUCUAACAAGCUACAGCUCAGCUCCUGGGAUGGUUUCAGCAUCUUUUUAAAAAUAGGGGACAAGGUUAUAAGCCUGAAUGAACAGGAAUAUUUCUAUGAUGCGCUGAGGCAACUCAACGACUAUAUCCGAAAGAGCCGUCCUACUACAGGAGCACCUACUUUUGCCAGUUUCCAGUUGUAUUUUAUGCGGAAGCUGUGGGUAUCUGUUCAGCCAGGAAAAGAUAUUAAGGCUGAUACUAUAUUUCACUAUCAUCAGGAGCUACCAAAAUAUAUGCGUGGAUACCAUCGAUGUACUGUGGAAGAUGCUGUGAACUUAGCUGGACUGAUAUACAAAGUAAUGUACAACAAUGACCGCUCUCUACUUGCCAACCUAAAUAAAAUCACUCGAGACUUUGUUCCAGAGUAUCUUCUACGUAGUAGUACACAAGACGAAUGGAAGAAGAACAUAAUUGCUGCUUAUAAUAAACACGAGAAGAAGACAGUGGAAGAAGCCAAGAUAGCUUUUCUGAGGCAUAUAAGCAGGUGGCCGACAUUUGGCUCUGCGUUCUUUGAGGUUAAGCAAUCGUCUGAUCCAUCGAUGCCUGAUAUUGUACUCAUUGCAAUAAACAAGCAUGGAGUAUCCUUAUAUCAUCCAAAAACCAAGGAAUUGCUUGUCAACCACCCAUUAAAUAAAAUCUCUCGCUGGAACAGUGGAAAUACCUAUUUUCAGAUGACAACUGGGAACCUAGUACGAGAUAACAAGAUCCUAUGCGAGACUUCAUUGGGUUAUAAGAUGGAUGACCUUCUGACAUCAUACAUCAGUUAUUUUCUGUCAGUACAGCAAAAACCAACCAAUGCAUAGAACAUCUGUUAAAGGACAGUGACAUAUAUAUAUAUAUAUAUAUAUAUAUAUAUAUAUAUAUAUAUAUACACCAUCUUUACUUCCAGCCAAUCUGUGCCUGAUAUAGCCAUAACAAUAAAAUUUCAUUAACGGAUUACAACUGCAGAAUCCAGCAAAGCCUCAAGUCACUGCCUGGCAUCUUCUCCGGUUUCAUCUUCAUUGAACGUGUACAAUGUUUGUGCCUUGUUUGUGCAUUUUUCACAUUUUCAAGUAUUUAUUGUCAUUAUUUUGUAUCAUGGACCUUGGAUAUAUAUAUAUGUGGAAUUAUAAAUACAUCCAUUAAUUGCCUGGAAUCUUAAGGCAUUCUGUUGUAUCACAAUUAUGCAAGGCAAUAGAUAAUAAUAAUUAUUAAUGAAUUUUUAAUAUAUUCAAAAAAAAUGUGCUAACAUUGUCUGAUACUACAAAUUGUGUGAUUUGUAAGACAGAGAAGGCUUCCAGUCACAUACUGUACUACUGAGCUUAUUAUUCCACAGAAGUCACAGAAGCAUUAUACAUCCCUUUCAGCAGUGUCUUGGUGCCUUUUUGGUUUCUUGGUGCUCCCUCCACUAUAAAUUCUCUGUAACUUUUUUUUAUAGGAGAUCUGUCAGGAUUUUAGUUUUCCUAAAUGUCUGAGCACAUAAAGAUCAGAAAAGCACCCAUAUGUACCAUACCCCAUGCUAGGGAUAUUUCCUCCUUUUUAAAGGGAACCUUUCAUGAUUGUCACCCACCCUACCCUGUUGGUACAGGCUGGUAGUGCGGGGGACACUGAUGAUAACGAUACUUACCCAUCCCC